CUUAUCAGAAACUGAAAUCUGUUUCCUCCAGACCUUUGUACGAUUUUCUCAGUAGCCCAGUCUGGUUAGCCACAACCUUUCAGUGCUUCGCCUACCUUGCACUCUUGCACUUUGCUACUACUGCUAAGGCCUGGGUGUCCAGUGUAGCUAAAAAAUAAAACCACAAACAUUUAGUUUCAGCCUGUUCUUAACCAAUGGCUGGGAAUAAAUGACCAUGCAGCAGCUAAACAGGUCUACUAAAGGACCAAUUUCUCUUACAAUACAGCUCUGUUUUCUGUGUUCAUUUACAUGAUUUUUUGUGUGGACAGCAAGCCAAAAUGCAGACCAAAACUUUGUUUUUAAACAUAUUAGGGUAUCAGGUAUCAUAUUAUUUACCCCCUUCAUGGAUUAGGGAGCAAUUUUGCUCAUUGACACAACAAAACCUUUUUGCACAAAUGUGUCACUUUAAUGCUUUGAACAUAAAUUAAAAAACUAUUGCUUCCAUCUCAUAUUAACUAUGGACAAAGACAAUAAUGAAAAAAUGUCACACUGACCAUUACAAGUUGCAUGCAGGUUUAAAUACAUUUUCACCACUGCAUUAUGAGUACACAUGACCACCCAGGAUCUAUGAUAAAUAUUUUUUCCUCAGAGAAAGUCUUUUUUUUUAAAUCCUUUAAAGAUAGAGGUCAGCUGACAGAAUUGGUCACCCCCAUCUAAGAGAAAUAAGGGUGCUGCGUGUGGUCAUUCAUACAUUAUGUUUAUUAAAGCACUGUUGUUUAAGGAUCUGGUUCCCCUUUAGAAACUUGACAAGGUCUUAAAGUACUAGUUACAGGACUUUCUCGUAAGACCCUAUGUAGAAUAAAUCCUAUGAGAUCGGCCAGCAUAUAUCUUUGUUUAGCUUUCUCGAGCACACUAUCAGCCCACAUUUAAGCCCAACAAGCAUUUUUCUUCAAGUCUUUUUCUUUGCGUAAAAUGUUAUAAGUCAUGAAAAUACUGAAUUGUAAAUUGAAUUGUAGGCUGAGUGUAUUGAUACACCAGCAUUAACAGAUGCGCUAAAAGUCUGAGCUAUAAAUUGAGUUUAAUACAGUUAAUAUACUGCUCAGAAUGGCAAAGUUAGUGUAAUAGCUGUUUUGAGUUGACAGAGAACAACAGCUUGCUUUUAGAUUACCUAGAGCUUAAUUAAAUGUAGCUGAGUGUAAAGCUGUGUUUUUAUUAACUUUAUAAGUAGCCUAAAACAUUUUUGCCCCAAAUUUCCUCUCUCUCUGUGUGUACACAUAUGUGAGUGUCAGAUUAAACAUUGUGGUUGUAAGCAGUUUAACUCCCACUUCCUCUCACUUCUUAAUCUGUUUCUUAUGUUAAGCUUUUGACGCUCAACAGAAGCAGUUCCUCACUGAACCGGAGUCAGUUAGUGUGUGAAUUUAGCCUACAGCAUGAAGAUUGUUCAAAUUUACCUCUGUCUGCUGAUGUGUUGUGGAGCUGCAGAUGGAUUCAGUGAUCUGCUGGUAGAUUUAGGACAGAAUGUGACUCUAGACUGUGAGAUUAGUGUAAAGCAUGUUUACUGGUUUCUGAUGAAGCCGUCACAUCCCAUAGUGUAUAUAUUACGCUCUUUCACAAGCACGAGCACGGAUGCAGUUUACGGUGACCAAGCCUUCAGAGAAAGAUUCUCCCUGAAGCACUAUGGUAGUUUAUUUAUUCAAAAUAUCACAGUGAAUGAAUUAGGAAUUUAUUACUGCAUGAACCCAGAUUCAUCACAGAAAAUUAGUAAUGGAACCAGACUUUACAUCACACAGCAUUCAGAUGACCAUCAUAACCAAACAGAAACAAAUCAGCAGCUGCGGAAUGAGAUACAACAUAAAGAUGAAGAGAUCAGACUUUGGAAAACUCUUUUUAUCCUGUCUGGCCUGAUGAUGUGCAUUAUGCUCAUUACUGUAAUCGGUUUCAUUAUAAGCCACUGCAGUGGGUCUCCAAACAACGGUUUACAGCAGAAUGAAGAGUCCGGCAUAAUAAAGAAGCUGUACACAGUAAUGCAACAGAACGGCCGCAGAAGUAGCACCUUCACUGUGGUGGAGUUUACUCAGCUUAGCUCUGUUCUGUAGGAUCAACCACACAUGUGGUCACUAUACACAUCAACUGCCAAACACACAAAGCAGAGAAACACUGCCUCUUUUUACAAAAUUAAUUAAAAAAACUCCACAGACAUUAGUAUUGCAUUAUUGUGUGCUGCUGUUAACUCCCAAAAAAUAAGGCAGGAAUUUCUAAUAAAUUAUGUAUUAAGAACACAUGGACACCAAAUCUGUUAUCUAACACAAAUAUUCAUUAAUUUAAACAAGAUGUUUAAUAUUCAUUAAUUUAAUAAAGACACAACCUACAGUUAUUCAUGUAUGUGAGCCAUAACUUUUACUGACCACAUCACAAGGAGGACUUUAGUGGAGUACAGUUGUAGAAUAAACACCAGUAACAAACAUAGGGACUUUUUCUCUUCCAAAAAUUGGGGUUAAGCAGACUACUACAAACUGCAGGAUUUAAUUAUGUGUAUCUAAUAUUUGGAAGAUACUGAGGAUACGAUGGUAAAUAAGGUUAGUACUACGACAAA